ACAACAACAAGUGCGCGUCGCAAUGAUUUCAAUAAAAUCAAUAAAUUAAUGCUAAUUACGUGCAUGCUGCUGAUAACAACUACAACAAUUUGUCAAAGUAACGCUGCGCCGUCGCUGUCGACGUCGUCGGGUGAAUCGUCAACAUCGCCGCUGAGCGCUCUGCUGAAAACGGGCGGCGCCUCCUACAAUCAACAGCUGCCGCAGCAGCAGCUUUUCGCGAUGCUAGCAGCAAUGAAUAACGGAGCUAACGGAAACACGGCUACGCUGGCAGCAGCAACAGCGGCGCAUCAACAACAACAGCAACAACAGCAGCAGCAGCAACAACAACAACAACAACAGCAUCAUCGACAACGUCCGCGUUUUCUGCCGCUGCACGAAGACGACGAAGAAGAUGAAACGGAUGAUGAAGAUUUUGCUGCCUUGCAUAUUCCAGUGGAAUUUGCCGCUGCCGCUGCACUGCCGCCGUCCGCUUCGCUGGAAACGAACGGUUUCGUUGCCGACGAUGGGGCGCAAUACGAACAGGCCGAAAAGGCGCUGGCAGCUGCCGAAUCAGCAGCAGCAAAUGGAAAUGCCAAAAAUACCAACAACAACAACAAUAAUAAUAUAAACUGUCCCAAGGAGUGCAAGUGCCUCAACGUCUACUUUGAUUGCGAUAAGCUGCACUUGGAGCGUGUUCCAGUGCUACCCGCCUAUGUUGAAACUCUGCAUCUGGCUGGCAACAAAUUGAACGACAGCACCGUGCUUGCGAUACGAAAUCUGCCCGAGCUACACAAACUCACUCUGAAGCGCAAUCAAUUAGAUGUGAUGCCCCGUUUUACCGGUUUGUCUUCGUUGCGUCAACUCAAUUUGGCCAACAAUCGCAUUCAGCGCAUCUCGAGCGAGGCGCUGACUCUUCUGCCCAAGCUCAAAUCUCUGGAUCUGACGAAGAAUCAGCUGCACAGCGUCGAGGCCAAUAUGUUUCUGCGCCCCAAUCGCUUAGCGCAUUUAAUACUCAACUCCAAUGAGAUUGCGAGCGUUGAUGAGCAAGCAUUUGCUGCGCUGAGCAAUCUAACGGAUCUGGAGCUGAGCAACAAUCGCUUGACCAGCCUCCCAGUGGGCGUCUUCAAGAAUUUAAAUCGUCUCAAGAAACUCACUCUGAACUACAAUCAGCUGGAGAUUAAUUGGUCAACAUUUCGGGGACUGUUGUCGCUGCAGAAGCUCCAACUCAAGGCGAACAACAUUAAGGCGCUGCAGGAUGGCGUCUUUCAUGUGAUGCGCAACAUUGAGACCAUUGAGCUGGAUCACAAUAGCAUCAGUUCGCUCUCCCGCCAGGGCCUCUUCAAUCUGACCAAGCUGCAUCAUCUAAGUUUGUCGAAUAACUCUAUCACUCGCAUCGAGCUGGACACGUGGGAGUUUACACAAUCGCUGGAAUCGUUGGAUCUAUCCCACAACUACAUCAGCGAGUUUAAGGCACAGCAUUUGGACUGCUUGAAGCGAUUGAAGCAGCUGAAUUUGGCGCACAAUAAAUUGCAAUAUUUGCCCGAGAACACGUUCGAUUGUGUCAAGAAUCUGGAGGAGUUGAAUUUGCGUCGCAAUCGCCUCGCCUGGAUCAUUGAGGAUCAGUCGGCGAUGGCGCCGUUUAAGGCUUUGCGUAAACUGCGUCGCCUCGAUCUCUAUGGGAAUAAUCUGAAGCAGAUUAGCAGCAAAGCGCUGAGUGGCUUGAACAAUCUGGAGCUCCUGAAUCUGGGCGGGAAUGCGCUGGCCAGCAUUCAACCGAACGCUUUUGAGCAUAUGCAGCAUCUGCAGAAGCUCAUCUUCAAAUCGGAUAACUUUAUAUGCGAUUGUGAUCUGCUGUGGUUUCGCCAAUGGCUGCUCGGUCGCUUUGGGCAGCAGGCUCAGCAGCUGCUGACCAAUGUCGUCUGUGGUUAUCCCGAGCAUCUGCUCGAUCGCCAGCUCUUCAAGCUCACCCAAACGGAACUCAUCUGCUCUGAUUCACCCAAACCAGUGGUGCAGAAGGAACCGAAUAAUAUGCUGGCUGUCAAGGGUGCAAAUAUCAGUUUGGAGUGCAUUGCCAGCUCACCGGCAGCUGCCUCGUUGGCCGCCGCCGAUGAGCUAAAGAUUAAGUGGCGCCACGACAAUCAGCACGUGCUCGAGCGGCAAACCGGACACGAUGGCGCCAGCACGGAGACACAAAUCCAUCACGAUCAGAGCACCAAUCAGACCACAAUCUACGGCUAUCUGCGUCUCUCCAAUGUCAGCUACGAGAGCGCCGGACGCUAUCAGUGCGUUGUGUCCAAUGCAUUUGGCACCAGCUAUGCGCAAAAAUUCAAAAUAUCCAUUGGCAUUCAUCCCAGCUUCUUGCAUGUGCCCUCAAAUCUAACGCUGGACGCUGGCGAAACGGCGCGUUUGGUUUGCUCCGCCAGCGGUGAUCCAAUGCCGGAGAUAGCUCUGCAGAAGUUUGGGGCUUUGGACUUCCCAGCUGCAACGGAGCGACGACUCCAAGUGAUACGCGAGGAGAACGCUUUUGUGAUCACUAAUGCCAAGCCGAGUGAUUCGGGGAUCUACACCUGCAACGCUGAGAGUCCGGCGGGCGUGAUCAAAGUGAAUGCCACGCUGCUCGUCAAUGAUAAACCACUGCCACGCAUACCACUCGUGCACAAGGAGGUGCUGCUGGGACGCACCUGUGUGCUGGAGUGCCUCAGCGAAUCGUUCAAUCUCGAUGUGGAGCAGUCGCAUCGCGAGUGGUUCAAGGAGAACAAACCGUUGCACAAUGCACCCACCGGGCCGGAUGCGGAACGCUAUUACUUCACCAAGGCCAAGGAGCUGCUGGUCAUCGUUAAUGCCCAGUCGAAUGAUGCGGGUCAUUAUCGUUGCGAGAUAACAGAUAAUAUGCGCACGUUGAUACUCCAAUCGGAGCUGCUCGUCGUCCAGGAUGGUGGUGCGACCAUCGAUAUGCUCUUCGUGGGCGUUAUUAUAUUGGCAUUUUGCCUAUGUGGCAUUCUCAUCGGUUGCAUCGUUUACUGCUUGUUGCGCUUUCAGCAUCGCAGCAAAUUGCCGCGUACGCAUGCGAGCAGCUCCUCGCACACACUUCAGCUGCAGGAUCAGACCCAGCUGACCACACUCAAUCGCACCCAGUUGCGACCGGUGCUCGAUGGCAUCCAGAAGCAACAACAGCAGCAGCAGCACGAGCAGCAAUCGCAACUGCGUCCGCGCAGCUUGGCUGACUUGGGUUGUGUGGGUGAGCAGGCGAAUAGUCGCUUGAUAGUGACCACGACGCCAUCGUAUGAGCAACGCUGCCUGGAGCAGGGUCUGACGCUCAGCUAUUUGCAGCAGGCGGAUCUCGAAAUUCAGCAGGAUCAUCUGUCUAGCAAGGACUCCGGCACGGGUUCCGAUGCGGCCGUCAAGCGUAGUCUGGAGGAUUUUGGCAUAGCCAUACCGACGCAGCGCCGGCAAACACAUCAUCUCGCCCAUGAUGAUGACGACGAUGAUGAUGAUGCUGAUGCUGGCGAGGAUCAUGAUGCGGAUAAUUAUUCGCAUUUUGCGCCGACGCUUGCGAUGGGCGUCUCCGUCUACGAUGAUAUGGAGCUGUAUGAGCUAAAUCACAGCGCUGCCGAACAGCAGCGUUUUCUGCGCAACAACAAUCACAACUAUGAUGGGGGCGGGCGCGAGGUUCACGGAGUGGGCGUGGCAACAACAACAGCUGCCAGCGUUGACUACAAGCCGUCGUCCACAGCGGUGGAUAUUUAAGCUUGCUUCCUGAUGCGACCAAAGCGAAGGAUGAAAUGCAAACCAAAACCAAAAUGCACACACCAAAAAAUUAAAAUUUGGGCUGCUCCUGCCACGCCCCCCAAAUUGAAAAUGAAAAACCAAAACCACCCGCCACCCAAAAAAAGAAAAAAAAACAACAAACGAACAAAGACUGUUACUCGUAAAUAUGUAAAAGUAAAAGUAAAAGUAAGAGUAAAAGUAAAAGUAAAUGUAAAAUCUGACGACGCUUGCCUUAGCGACAUAGAGCAUAUAUAGAUAUAUAUGCUAUAUAUAUAAUACCGAUAUGGCAGCUCUAUUACAUACCAGUGUCUUCGUAAUUUAUGAAAUUAA